AUCCCAUCCCGCCCUCACUGACUGAUCGGAGAGGGAAUCUUGACCAAGCCGACCGCCUCCAUCAUGCAGGCCUCCAUCCUCCUCCUCCUCUCCCCGUUUCUCCUCCUCUCUCUCCUCCUCCCCUCCUGCUCCUCUCAGGGCGAGUCAGACCUCACCGUUAUGACUCGUACUGGUCGAGUCCGUGGGUUCCGUCAGCCAGUGCUUGAACACAGCUUCGUCACUUCCUUCCUGGGCAUCCCCUUCGCCGAGCCUCCUGUUGGAAAGCGGCGUUUCCGGCGUGCCGAAACCAAGCGCCUGUGGACGGGGGUGUAUGACGCCAUGGAAUACCCCAACGCCUGUUACCAGUUUGUGGACACGUCGUUUCCCGGGUUCCAGGGCAGCGAGAUGUGGAACCCCAACAGACAGAUGAGCGAGGACUGUCUGUACCUGAACGUGUGGGUGCCCUCCUCGCCAAGACCGCACAACCUCACCGUCAUGGUGUGGAUCUACGGAGGAGGAUUCUACAGCGGCUCUUCUUCUCUGGACGUGUACGACGGUCGCUACCUGGCUCACAGUGAGACGGUCAUCGUGGUCUCCAUGAACUAUCGGAUCGGUGCGUUCGGCUUCCUCGCCCUGCACGGCUCCUCAGAGGCUCCUGGAAACGUAGGUCUGCUUGACCAGAGGAUGGCGCUGCAGUGGGUCCAAGACAACAUCCACUUCUUUGGAGGAAACCCCAAACAGGUGACCAUCUUUGGAGAGAGCGCGGGUGGAGCUUCAGUCGGGUACCACCUCCUGUCUCCAGACAGCCGGCCCACCUUCACCCGGGCCAUCCUUCAGAGUGGGGUCCCCAACUGCCCCUGGGCCUCGGUCAGCCCCGCAGAGGCCCGCAGACGAGCCACGCUGUUGGGCAAACUGGUCGGCUGUAACGGCGGCAACGACACAGAGCUGGUGGACUGUCUGAGGAGCAAAACCCCCCAGGAGCUCAUCGACCAGGAGUGGCAGGUCCUGCCGUGGUCAGCCCUCUUCAGGUUCUCAUUCGUCCCUGUGGUCGAUGGCGAGGUUCUCCCUGACACGCCAGAGGCCAUGCUGAGCUCAGGAAACUUUAAAGACACUCAGGUGCUGCUCGGGGUCAACCAGGACGAGGGAUCCUACUUCCUGUUGUACGGAGCGCCAGGCUUCAGCAAGGACAACGAGAGCCUCAUCUCCAGAGAAGACUUCCUGGAAGGUGUGAAGCUGAGCGUUCCUCAUGCUAACGACAUCGGUCUGGAGUCUGUGGUGCUGCAGUACACCGACUGGAUGGACGAGAACAAUGGGUUGAAGAACCGCGAUGCCAUGGACGACAUCGUUGGUGACCAUAAUGUCAUCUGCCCACUUGCUCACUUUGCUCGCUCCUAUGCCCAGCACAACGCCAUGAAGGCCAACACAGGGGGAGCGGGCGGGGGGAUGAACAGCGGAGGAAACUCACAGGGAGGCGUCUACCUGUACCUGUUUGACCACCGGGCGUCUAACCUGGCCUGGCCCGAGUGGAUGGGAGUGAUCCACGGAUACGAGAUCGAGUUUGUGUUCGGCCUCCCGCUGGAGAAGAGACUGAACUACACGCUGGACGAGGAGAAGCUGAGCCGACGCAUGAUGAAAUACUGGGCCAACUUCGCUCGCACAGGGAACCCCAAUGUGAACCAUGACGGCCCGGUGGAGAGUAAGAAGCGUUGGCCCGUGUUCACGCUGAGCGAGCAGAAGCACGUCGGUCUGAACACUGAACCUCUGAAGAUCCACAGAGGCCUGAGGAACCAGAUGUGUGCUUUCUGGAACCGCUUUCUGCCACGCCUCCUCAACAUCACUGAUAACAUCGACGAGGCCGAGCGCCAGUGGAAGGUGGAGUUUCACCGCUGGUCCUCCUACAUGAUGCACUGGAAGAGUCAGUUCGAUCACUACAGCAAGCAGGAGCGCUGCACCGACCUCUGAGCCCCGCCCUUUUCACCCCGCCCACAGAGAGAGAGAGCGACGAGGGAGGGCAGAGUGAGCGGUCAUUCCCCUCCAUAGCCCCGCCCCCUCACAGUGAAGUGUGACUUCAUUCGUUGUUUGAGUUCAAACUGACGUGUAUUUAUUUAAUUUAUUCUAUUUAUUCAGCCCGUGUCUAUGUGUGUCUGUCCAAGGGCUGUGGAGGGAAGUAAUGUCACGACUGUCAGAGAUCUGUCAUUACCUCGGGCGUGUGCGUGUGCGUGUGUGUGUGAUGACGACGUGUGUGUGUGGGUCUCAUAAACUCAUCUUCUGUUUCAGACGAUUCCUUCUUUUCGACAUAUCAGGGUUUUUGUUUCCGUCCUUCAGUCUCUGUCUGGUUGAUGACCACUAAUUCCAUAACACCGGGUGUUCUGCUUCACUUUGCUGUGUGUGUGUGUGUGUGUGUGUGUGUGUGUGUGUGUGUGUGUGUGUGUGUGUGUGUGUGUGUGUGUGUGUGUGUGUGUGUGUGUGUGUGUGUGUGUGUGUGUGUGUGUGUGUGUGUGUGUGUGUGUGUGUGUGUGUGUGUGUGUGUGUGUGUGUGUGUGUUCGCUCACAGAGUCACAGAUAUCCACAGGAUAUUUUAGCAUGGCGUGUUUUGUUUUCCUGAAAAAUGUUGAAAUAAUCAUCUUUAAUAAUGUGAAGACUCCGAACUACCAAUCAAAAUCUAGAUAUGACCUUUAAAGGUUAAAUUAAAGGUCAAAGAUGGGCGGGGUCUGAAAAUCGUCCACUCCGUGCUCUCUUCAUCUUCCUCACCCUGCUCUCUUCAUCUUCUUCGCCCUGCUCUCCUCGUCUACCUCACCGUGCUCUCCUCAUCUUACUCGCCCCGCUCUCUUCGUCUUCCCCGCCCUGCUCUCCUCGUCUUCCUCGUCUUCCUCACCCUGCUCUCCUCGUCUUCCUCGCCUUUAAUCUGCCUCUCCUAUCCGCCUGUCAUCUUCUUCUUCAUCACUAAUCGUCCUCCACCCAUCCUCCUCUUGCUCGUCCUCUCUUCCUCAUGUCCUUCUCUCCUUCCACCUCAUCUAACUUUUAUCCUCUCCAUCAUCUCUCUCUCACCUCUCUCUACCCCCUCCUCCCCCCUCCGUCCUCUGCGUUCUCGUUAGCCUAAUGGAGGGCGAGUAAUUCACUCAGUGCAGGGUAAAGUGACAGAGCGCUGGCUCAGCCAACAGGACGUGAAGGAUGGAGGGAUGAUGGAAAAUGGAGGAGGAGGCGAGGGGGGAGGAAAGGGGGGAGAUGGAGGAUGCGA